AUGGCAGACGCGGAGACGAUGGCAGACGCGGAGACGCCGCGGCCCCGCAAGCGCGCGGUGGAGUGGCUGCUUGAGGGCGAGUCGGAGAUAAUCGAGGCUUAUGGGAUGUUGGAGCAGGUCGAGGCGACGUUGCGUGGCGCGGCUCCCGCCGCCAUCGUCGACCUCUGCUGCGGAAGCGGCUUCCUCUCGCUCGCGCUCGCCAACGAGUUCCCGGCCGCCGCCGUGCUCAUGUUUGACCUCGACACGCGGAUCAGG